UUAUUAAGUGUUAGACAGACGAAAAAAGCAAGUUUGCGUACAAGAAAGAGUUCAAGCUAAACGCUAUGAAUUCUUUAAAAUCCUAUGGGAAAGUGCAUGAAGCCGAUCAAAUGCGGCUUGACGCUCGCAGGAAAACACGAAAAAGGAUGGUUGUUGUAGCAAUAUCAUCUCUUAUUCUUGUUAUUGUCGUAGUUUCAGCAGUUGUUGGAACUACACAGAGCAAAAACCACAGCCAAAUGGGUGGUGAUUCACAAUCUCCAUCAGCCAUGGUUUCCAUUAAAGCCGUUUGUGACAGUACAUUGUACCCUGAUACCUGUUACAGCUCUCUAGCUCCUCUUGUGAAUUCCACCAAUAUCCAUCCCGAUCAGUUACUCAAACUCUCUUUUCUAGUCGCCAUAGAAGAGCUAUCCAAAGCAUCCACACUUCCGGAGCUCAAGAACUGCAGCGAAUUAUUGGAGCUUGCCAUUGAUCAUCUCAACGAUACACUGUCAACUGAUAUUGAUUUGAAGUCAAUAGGAUCUCUGUUAGAUGAUCUAAUGACGUGGCUAAGUGCUGCUGGAACAUAUCAGCAAACAUGCAUAGACAGUAUUCAAGAAAAUGGUGUAGGCUACCUUAAAAAAUCCACGGAGUUAACCAGCAACAGCCUCGCGAUCACCAAGGGGUUUUCAAACGCCGCAAGUUCGUUCAACCAAAGAAGAAGAUUGAUGAGCAUAGCAGAAGGAAGCGAUGAUGAAAUGCCAGAAUGGUUGUCUGUAAAAGACAGGAAGCUCCUACAGAAGACAAAGUUACCGGCUGGCAUCAAGGCCGAUGUGGUGGUGGCUCAAGACGGCACCGGAAAGUAUAAGAAAAUUUCUGAGGCUCUCAUGGCAGUUCCUGAUAAGAGCAAGAAAAGAUUCGUGAUAUACGUGAAGAAGGGUGUUUACUUUGAGAAUGUUAGGGUCGAAAAACCUAAAUGGAAUGUCAUGAUGAUCGGUGAUGGUAAGGAUUCUACGAUUGUGUCAGGAAGAUUAAACGUUGUGGAUGGCACUCCAACAUUUCAGUCGGCAACUUUUGCUGUGUUUGGUAAGGGGUUUAUAGCUCGCGAUAUGGGGUUCCGUAACACUGCUGGAGCAGCCAAGCAUCAGGCAGUAGCACUUAUGUCAACCGCAGACCUGUCAGUAUUCUACCGAUGUCGCAUUGACGCAUUCCAGGAUUCUCUAUAUGCACAUUCCAACCGACAAUUUUAUAAAGAAUGCAACAUCUAUGGAACUGUAGACUUCAUCUUUGGCAACUCGGCUGUCGUUCUUCAAAACUGUAACAUACUUCCCAGGAGACCGAUGACUGGCCAGCAAAACACGAUUACAGCUCAAGGCAGGUUUGAUCCUAAUCAAAACACUGGUAUUUCCAUUCACAAGUGCACCAUUUGGCCAUAUGGGAACUUAAGCGAUGUUAACACAUAUCUCGGUCGUCCAUGGAAGAACCAUUCAACUACAGCUUAUCUUAACAACAUGAUGGGAAGCUUCAUUCAUCCAAAGGGAUGGUUGCCAUGGGUUGGAACAACAGCUCCCGACACAAUAUUCUAUGCAGAGUUUGCUAAUUAUGGUGCAGGUGCAGCCAUAAAGAAUAGAGUCACCUGGAAAGGACUUAAAUUUAUAACCACCAAGCAAGCGACUAAGUUCACUGUCAAACGUUUUAUCGACGGGGACAAAUGGAUUAAAGCUGCCGGCGUUCCUUACACGUCUGGUCUCUGACUUCUUCAACCUUGAUUCUUUUUCCCCGUUCUGAAUUAAUCAUAUAUCUUUGUUUCAUCUAUUAAUUAUUACAUUCAUUUUGUAACUCAUCAUCAAAUCUCUUCAUGCAUCAAUUGUUUUCAAGGUGUGUAUAUAUCCAAAAUAUAUUACCUUGCUUUUUCAGUAAUUUUUUUGUUACUAUCUUUUCACUUUCACUGCAACGUUAACCCCUUAUGGUGACGACAAUUUCGGACCCUAUCCCGACGACAUUAUGUCGGCAUAGGGUAUCCAGACGACAUGUCGUCGGCAUUCUGUCAUAUGAACCUAAACAGGAAAUUAACAUUCUAUUUAUACAAUUUCAAUUUCAUAUGUAGCUAAACAAAUUUCAAUGCUAUAUAAUGUUUUAAACAGAAUUUCAAUUUCAUAUAACAUUAACUAAGUAAAUUAACAUUUUAUACAUACAACAUCAUAACAAACAAACAACACAAGCAUACACAUACCAAACAAACAACACAAUCUUAUAAUCAUACAAAGAUCGAUUUCAAUUUCAAUUUCAUAUAACUUAUACAUAUAUAUACACUUCCAAUUUCAAUAAAAAUUAGAAAAAAAAACUAUCCUUUUUCAUUUUCUUGCUGUGAUUGCAGGAUUCCGAUUGUCAAAUUUGGUGGUGUUCCUCCGGUGUUGGCUGGUGCUCACAUGAAUUAUACAA